UUCCCAUUAGAUGAGAACCGGUAAUCAUUUAUUAAUAAUUUAAUUAUUACAAAACGUAAAUGUAAAGCUAUCAUGGUACUUUUAAUUAGUUGUAUAAAGUUAAAUUUGAAAAAUUACAUUCCAAAAUAUUUUACAUUGAGCUUAAAUGAAAAGUUAUUUAAAAUAUGAGAUUAUAUUAAGAAGAGCCACCCAAUCACCCGAGAUUUAUUCGAUAAAAUUCCAAGGUACAGCAAAGGUGCUCUAGUAGCAUCCCAAAAAAUGUUCUAAGCAUUAUCAGUUCUGGGAUGAAAUAAUACCAGUUUUAAAAUCAAUUGUAUUUGAAAAAAUCGUAAAGGAUCGUGAUGGUACAGAAAUAGUUAAGUAUGCAACACAAAUACACACAAUAUAAAUACAUUCAAGGAAUUAUGGAAGUACAAAAAUGAACGACUUAAGUCUGCUGGUCAAGCAAUAAUUAAUACCAUGCCGGUCUGUUAGAGUUUUAUAUGUUAUGUUACUGGCAGGCAACACUUUACAGGAAGGAUGAUUUGAAUAUUGGAACGAUGUAUUUAAAUUUUAUAAAGAAUUGUAUUUUGAUAUUUGUACAUAGACUUCUACACGACACGUACCCGGCAACAUAUGUAAACAUUAGACUUUAGUAAAUAUAAUAUGUGACUGGUUUAAUUAUGAGAAUAUACCAGUUGAAUAUGUGAAUAGAGUGUUUCAAUAGACCUCCAUCUCCAGAGUCCGGGACGGUGACAAGCAACCGUCCAACAUGGCCGCCAAGAAAGCAAUAGAAAAUAUUUGUAAUUAAAAAGAAGGAACGUAAUUCGAAUGUAAGAGAAAAAUGUGACGCAAGCGUAAAAGAAAAUGUAAUGUAAAAAAUGUUACAUUUUAAUUGUGUCAAAUGCAAUUUCAUGAAUAAUUUAAUUUGUGGUUUUAUCAAUAAAUAAAGAAUUAUCAAUGGUACUAGUUUACAUUAUUCAUGAUCCAAACGAACCGGAUUUAAGAAACAGCAACUAUAUCAAAAGAAGGUAACAAAUUGCAUUCCAAUAGUUUUGGAUUUAUCAAUAUAACGCAAUAGAAGAAAGGCGCAUUAGUUUUGCGCGCAAUAACAUUGGCGUCCCGGGUCCCGGCAGUCGCGAGGCGACGCAGGCGUGACGGGGCAAGAAGGCGAGGGCGGCGGAGGGCAACGCAUCACGCGUGGUGACGUCAUCAUCGGGUUCGCGCCGAUUUGUAACUAUUCACAAAUGAUGUAAGUGAUUUUAUUUUAGAAAAAAUUAUAAGUGCCCUUUUAUUAAAUAAGAACUUCAAGAUUUUACUUCAGUGAUUUAGUUUAAAAUGUUUUUUGUUUUUUAUAGCUAAUAUUUUGUUCAUAAUGUCUUUGGCUGAGUUAUUAAAAAUUCAAUUUAGUUACAACGUUCAAAAGAUGUACCAUUUAAAGGGUUAUCUUUCGGUUGAAGCAUAAAAACUUCUUGAGCAUAUCCUAUAAUAUCGGGUAAUUAUCAUGAGUUUUGGAUCAAAUUAAACGAGCGGUACAAGACAUAUUUAGCAAUAGUAUUUUGAAGAGUUUUAUGAAUCAACCCAGCGAUUGAUUAUCUGUAAUAAUCUUUGUACAAUGCAUUGGAUGUGAUUACAUCUUUUUACAAUAUAUUGUUUUGACCAACACAUCUGAGAAAAUAAGCUAUCAUCAUAUUUUUUUCAUCUAGCAAGCUAGCAUCUGGGAUAAAGGAUCUAAAACGUUAUAUUAUGGCGUAAAUAUUGAAGCAACUACUUAGUUCCGAGAACACAUAGUUAAGUACAAAACAAGCUUUGUUUGGUGGUUUGGGAAUGUACAACAAGCAGCCCGCGACGGAUGUUCUCCUACGUCAAUCAUCUCAAUUGGAUUUGCAUCUUUUAUAAAGAGCCAGUUUCGACCAGGCAUCGCGUUAUAUCGAACAGAGCUGUCGCCGUGAUGGACGGCACCGUCAAAUUAAUUAUUUUUACCACAAUAAUAACGAUUGUGAAGGCGCCGCCACCGGGAACGUUUUUUUGGAAACCUAGAUUGGGUCUAGAUCUGUCAAUACCAACAACACCGAAGAUACGUAAGCCGACCCUGGGCGGCGUCUUGAAGCCCACCGUUUGGCAGAUUAAAAAUAGCCGUGCGGUUAUCAUUACUGGAUACCAAUUGGGGGUGACGAUAGUUGCCCUUGCCCACGGACAAGCCGCCUGGGAGAAAUUCCCUCACCUCAACCCUUUCAAAGCUUGGUUCUACACCACGGCCUACAGAUGGGCUUUGAGACAUCUCUCUUUGUACCCCAAGUGGCUCGAGGGGGGAGGCUACAGCUACAUAGACACGCACCGCGUCUGGAGGAAGCGCUACUCGUAUCAGGACCGGUGGGUGCCCGAAUGGCUGCAAUGGUUCCUGCCGCACGUAUGGGAGUUCGACCGCGAGAAAAAGCAGUACAGAAGAUUCCAGAGAUACGUCUUGCCCUCCUUCGCCAAACACUUCCACUACCCGGGACGCAAGUUUGACAACUGGGCCUCCGAGGACAGCACCGAGACAGUUGAAAAUCUCGAUAUAUCCGACUUCUCCAUACAUAAGGACGCUCCUGAUUACUGAAUAUGUAUUUAUAUGAUGUUAGCUUUUUUAACUUGGACUUUUAAAACAAGCAGUUCUACUAAUGCGAAUACAGAUGCCUACUUUAACAAUCUAAAAUUGGAUUAAAGAUACAGUUAAAUUUCUCGCAAAAGUGUGUAAAUGACGUGUAAGGAUAGAAAUAGUGUUAAGGAUUGGUCUUCGUGCGAACGACGAUAACAAGGAGUAGGUACGCGAUCGUUGAAGAUCACGCAAUCAGUGGAAAAGAGGGCAAGAAGAUGCAGAGCAUAUUUCGAUAUAUUCAUAUGGGAAAGUAUCGAACGUCUUAUAUUUUUUAUUUCAUUUUGACAAUUGUAUUUUAUAUGUCAAAUAAUUAAAAUAAGUAAAUAUUCAUAGGAAAAUAUGGUAAUUGGCUAAAAUCGAGGUGCUUCAUUUCCCUCUUAGCAUAAUUAUACGAAGCCCUUCUACAGGGCUGAUUUUUGGAAAAACGUACUUGUUAAAAAAAGUCUAAUGUCCCGUGACUCCAAAUUGUGUGUGUUGGCGAUUUAAUUAGCCUUUUUUUUCUUUAUAGAUUUUUAUAAUUAGAAUAUAAGUUUAAAAAGUAUGUGUUCCGCCCGUCUUUGGUCCAUAAAAAGUAGAUUUGUAAUAAAUGCGGUAACGGUCAACAAGAAAUGCAAAUAGGUAGGUUACCUACAUAUUCAGGCCGGAGUCGCGGACGUAAGCAAAAGCGUGCCCGUUGCCCCGGCCUGUUGCGUUAGAGAAACCGAGGGGUUUAGUGGGUAUACCCCCAUUAUGGGGGAUGUUUAAGUUUCUGGCAACUAGCGACGUGAUACAAAAAAAGAAUAAAAGUUUAUGAAAAAUAGAACGAAUAUCAGAGAGUCUUAGUUUUUUAUGUAAAAUUAUUUCUUUUCCUAUAAUGUAUUAUUAGUAAGAAAUAAAGUUUUUUACUACUUUCCACAAACUAUUUCCAUUGCCCACAAGCGCAUACAACUGCAAAUACAUUUACCGGGGAGAGUCCCACAUAACUACCGCGUUCCUGGCGCAGAGUAUGCGUAAGGCAUUCCCCUCGGGCAAAAAAAAGGUAACUUCAUAUUAAGAAGUAAAAGAUUAGCAUGGUAUAGUCAGGUUACCUAAAUGAAUUACAUUUCGUAUUUACGAUAUAGACAUUGAACAACUUGUAACAUAACUUUUGGGAAUUCAUACACGCCUGCAGAGGAAAAUGGAUGAGAAUGUAAUGCUAUUUCUUACAAACAUCCCAGAUAUAUUGUCAUAUCGCAGAUGAAUGAAAAUAAUAAAAACAACGAAAACGAAAAAAUAUUUAAAUAUUUAGAUCUGACUCACGAGGUUACCGCCAUGU